CGACCAUGGAAGUCUGCGAUGGGUGUCACUUAAAUUAUAUGGAGCUGAUUGCGAGUUUUUGGGAAAAAACGAAGAAACUUUAGCAUUUAUUUUAUCGCAUGGUGUUCAGUAAAGUGUCUUAAGUGCAAGACUGACUGUAUAUAUUGCAAAGACCAACAUAUGUGGCGUUGUGUAAGAAUCUCAGAAUCCAACGACGAACAAGAACCAGGCCAAUAAGGGUUAAAAAAUGCACAGAUCAUUUUGUUCUCAGCUGAAAACUUAUUUCAUCCAGACAAAGUGCUGUAGUCUAGGAGCAGUGUCCAACAUGUCUUCAGCUCAACCAAAAGGUGUGGAGAUGGUGGUGGAGCCAGUUUCAUGUCUCCAUGAUGAACCAGUGAGCAUCAGAGUGCAUGGACUUAAUCCAGGCCAGGAUGUUACUCUGCAAGCAUCUAUGAAGGAUUCCAAAGGGAUUAACUUCCUUUCUUAUGCCCAUUAUAGAGCAGACAGCAGUGGACAAGUUGACGUGAGUAAAUUGGAGUCUUUGGGUGGUCACUACAAGGGAAUUUUUCCAAUGGGGCUCAUUGGCAGCCUUGUACCAGCACCUAAUGAAUACAAAUAUACUCGCUUCUUCAAGAGGGAUGUGGAAAACCCCAACAUUGUGAAGAUGACAGUGCACAAGGGUCACCUGAGUGAUGAGGCACUGUGUUCCCCUGUUGUAGGUGAACCCUUGGCCACCUUGACACACCUGCGGCAUUACAUGUCACCGGGGGUCCAGCGCAUUCCUGUUAGAUUCGGAAAGGUUCGAGGUUGCCUAUUCCUGCCUCCAGAUUUGUACAUAAUUGCAGGAAAUGGUCCUUUCCCUGGAGUGAUAGACAUGUUUGGGUCAGCAGGCGGCUUACUGGAAUAUCGAUCAGCACAACUUGCUUCAAGAGGCUUUGCAUCCCUUGCACUUGCUUUCUUUGCAUAUGAUGACUUGCCCAAACAUCUUGAGGAAUUUAAUAUUGCCUACUUUGAGGAAGCUGUAGAAUUCUUGUUAAAACAAGAGAAGGUGUUUGGUGAUGGUGUGGGCGUAAUUGGGACAAGUAAGGGUGGCGACUUGGCUCUGUCAAUGGCUGCAUUUAUUCCUUCAGUUCAUGCUUGUAUUGUUAUUAAUUGUUGCAAUACACCUAGUGUAAAAGGACUCAGAGUUAGGGAUUGUUUUUAUACUCCUUUAAAUCAUGUUUUUAGAAAUGUUCGUGUAUCAGAUGAAGGAGUUGUUUUUGGUAAAGAAAUUGCACAAGAUCCACGGCUUCAUCCAGAGUCAAUUAUCCCAAUUGAAAAAAGCCAGUCAGCUUUUCUCUUUUUGGUUGGCAGUGAUGACCAAAAUGUUAAAUCUGAAUUCUUUGCACAGUUAUCUUAUCAAAGGUUGCGAGAUCAUUCAUAUCCCAAGCACUAUGAGGUCUCAUCAUAUCCAGGAGCUGGUCAUCUGAUUGAACCCCCAUACUCACCACACACUCCCAUUUCAUUCCAUAAUUCUUAUGCACUGCCAUUGAUUUGGGGUGGAACUUCAAAGCACCACACUCUUGCACAGGUGCAGGCUUGGUCCAAAGUGUUAGACUUCCUUCGGGUUCAUCUUGCUAAGGGGGAAUCUAUAUCUAAACAUAAAUGUGCUCUAAAGAGUCAUUUAUGAGGUGAAUAAUUCAAAUGCAAAAAAUUUCAUGAGAAGAUAUGGAAGAGGUUUCAAAAGAAUGUAUUUGAUUACAGUAAUAUAUUUCAACACUGGUGAUGGUGGGAAGGUUGAGAUGUAUCACAGAGUUUUGAAAGGCAGACAAAAUUCCAGUUUGCAGUUCAAUUUGUCAGAAGGGUUGCAGUCAGCUCUAAUCAGUGAAUAGGUGUGUCAGGUGCAGAUCCAGGAAUAUCAAAGGGGGGUCCAAGAAGUUGUGGGUGGAAGAACAUGGUGAGCACAGUGAGCUCACCCAGCUGGGGGGUUUCAGGGGGAAGGGGGCACUGUAAGCCCUCAGAAUUUUGUUUGAAGUCUGACCAAUAUCAUGGGCAUUUUGAGGCCAUUUUGAAGCCAUGUGCACUUGAUAUUAGUAAAUAUUCUGGGGUCAACAGUAAUUAUUUUUUAUGAAACAAAAAUGACAAUACAAUUCUGCAUUAAAGAAAAAGUAUGUAUUGGAUUUUUCUGAUGAAAAGGGGGGGGGUCCAAACCCCUAGGACCCUCCUGAAUCCACCCCUGUGUGCACAGUGGAAACCAGCAGGAGUGCAAGUUUCUACAUUGUGAUCAGCUAAAUUGUGUCUAUAUCUUUGGCAGAAUGGUAGAAUGACUGCAACUUGUAUACUCUAUUGUUCACCAGGUACACUGGGUUAAAAUCAAUUCAGUGCCUAAAGGGGGUAUUACACUGAGCAAAAUUUCCACCUUUCUUGAUCAAAAACUGACUUUCCCAAUCAAACACUCAACUGUGGCACCAUUCACAUAUCACCAUUGCUUGGAACAAAACUAUAACAAAGAUGGCUGGUCGUCCAAAAGUGUUAUUGUUUUACUGUAUAUCUCGGCUUAUAAGACGGAAUUUGAACAUUAAAAAAAUCUGCCCAAAGUUAGGGGGUCGUCUUAAUCACCAGGUAUAAAAUUCUUACCUCUUAAAUAUUGUGGUUUAGU